AUGCCUUCUGCAGCUGCGUCUCCAUCUCCGUCUUCUCCAAAGGCCUUGACUAAUAUUACUACUACUAAUAUUAUAAAUAAUAUAAAUACUACUAUUGCUACCAAUAUCCCAGCAUCCUCCUAUACACAGCAUCAACAGUCUUCACUUCCCACAUCACUCAACUCAAACCUCCUAAAGUCCUUGACUUCCGUUCACCUUCCCCCACCACCCUCUUCAUCUCCUCCAGCACAGACUAGCACUCUAGCCACACCUCUCUCGUCUUCCUCGGGGCUGUCAAUAGCCUCCUCGGUCUCCAAACACGGACCCCAUACACCUGGACUCACCCCGGAUAGCAAGCUCUCAGCCUCAUCUCACCACUUUGUCACAACACCCCUUUCUUUCACACUCUCCCAGUACACUCCUCCACCCACCUGCUCGGUGGCAACUCCCUGUAACUCUUCAAGUUCAGGCACUUCCAACAUGACUUCCUCUGGAGCCUCUUCUUCUUCUUCUACCAUAAAACCUCCAAUUAACACCAAUCCAGAGUCCUUAGGCUCUUCGGGUAUCUCCAUGAAAAGACAAAUCGCAACUACUGCAUCCCAUCGUGCAACAGAUAUUCCAGCAAGCAGCACCACCAAAAAUAACACCACCAGUUCAGUUUCCUCUAAUUCAAGCACUCGAAUCAACCCCAUAAUGACCCGGUCAGCGUCUAAUGCUCAUUCAAAUAAAGUCAGUAACAACAUCGGUGCACCUGUCUCAAAGCCAAAACACACGGGUUCUACAGCCACUGCUGGUCCUAUCAAAUCCACUUUAGCGUCUACAGCAAUAGCAUCAGCAGCGGCAGCGGCAGCGGCAGCAGCAACAACAACAACAACAGCAGCAGCAGCAGCAGCAGCAGCAGCAAGCCAGCAACAACCUCUGACACUCAAAUUAAAUUUGAGAUCCCCCCUCGCGUCAAAAAAUAGCACCCCAGAGGCCUCGGUUUCAUCUGCCGCCGCCCCAGCACCAAGCUCAAAACCUGAAACCAAUCCCUCCCAAACUACGACCGCAGCAUCGUCUCACAUUGCCUACUCGGCGUCGCAACCUCAAAAUACACAACCAUCAUCACGUGCAUCUUCGACCUCUCCACAGAUUCUUUCUGCUUCGAGUACUUCUACUUCUACUUCUUCCUCUUCCUCUUCUUCUUCCUCUUCCUCUUCUUCUUCCUCUUCUUCUUCCUCUUCUUCUUCCUCUUCUUCUUCCUCUUCUUCUUCCUCUUCUUCUUCUUCCUCUUCUUCCUUUGUCAUUGACUGUACUUCUCUCGAAAAUAAAGAUUCACCUUCCAGUGCUUCACCAUUUUCUGAAAGCGUCUCUUCUUCCUCCUCUUCAUCAUCUUCUUCUACCGACGAAAUGCUUCACCAUGGCUUUGCCUAUUCGCAUUCGGUCCCAACCCUUGGCUCAAAGUUCCCCCCAAACACCAACCCUUCCUCUUCUAAUACUGAUGUAAGCAACAAAGAGAAUGCCUUCUCAGCCCCAAACAAUAUUUAUCCAACAUCUAUCACUCCUCAGAUCAUUGGUCAUAAUCUAGUUUCUACCAUAAAUCACUCUUCUGGUUCAAUCAUGGCCACUGUCCCAACUUCUGCAUCCCUUUCCGGUGCUGGCACCGGCUUAGGUUCUGUUUCUUGCCAGGGGCCUGCAGUUACUCAGAUGUCUGCUGUUUUUGAUCCUAAUCUUCAUCAUUACUCCAACCCAGCAUAUACCAUUCAAUUCCAACAGCAACAGCAGCGACAAACUCAACACCAUUAUAAUCUUCGAAGUUCUUCUGCAAAACCCACAGAAGCUGCUACUUCCUUAGCUAUGAAAGCCCCAGGCCCAGUUUCAAAAUCUCAUCAGCAUCCUUUGUCUGCUCGACAUAUCUCCCAUCCACAACACAUCUCUCUUUCUCAAGAACAAGAAAUCCCAUCGCCUAACGACAUGCCACCUAUUGUUGACGAUGGGUCUAAGCCUCCAUAUUCCUAUGCAACACUCAUUGGAAUGGCCAUUCUUCGCUCGCCAGAACGCAAACUGACACUGUCUCAAAUCUAUAAGUGGAUUAACGAUACGUUCGCUUGGUACAGCAAAAGCAAAAGUGGCUGGCAAAAUUCUAUCCGUCACAAUCUAAGUUUAAACAAGGCUUUUCGAAAACAAGAACGGCCAAAGGGUGAUCCAGGGAAAGGUAACUACUGGCUUGUAGAGCCUGGCUGUGAGUUCCAGUUUAUUAAGGGUAGAACAGUUAAGCGACCAAAUUCUGUUUUGUCUUCGCAGUCUUCAUUGAUUUCCAAAAACACAAGCACUUCCUCUACUGCUGCUGCUUCUUCUUCUUCUUUUUCUUCAUCCUCUUCCAAUGCUGGUCGAGCACUUUAUUCAAAUUUUACUAACCCAACACCUGCGGUUGUUGCUGUUAGUUCAAUUAAGCAACAGAAUUUGCAACAACAACAACAACAGAAGCAGCGCCAACAGAUUCAACAACAACCCCAUCAACACCCUCCUCCUCCUCCUCGAUCAAAGUCAGCUGGUCCUACCCUUGCUAUUACUCAAACCCCUUCUCUUCAUAGCACUAUUGCCUCUGCUGCUGCUGUUGCUGUUGCGGGCACCGCUACUACUUCUCUAGCCGUGCCUUCCAAACCUUCUCAGGCUCAUGCCGCCCAAAUUCCAAAGAUUCAAUUUAACCUUUCCCAAAACCUCAAUGAACAACAGCAACAACCGAAACAGGUUUCACCUGAAAGUUCUUCCGAGGAUUCCAGCAAUAUUUCAUCGUCUUUGAUAGCAGAUGAACUCAAGUCUAUUAAUAACAACCCCCUUCCAUAUUCCGACGACUUUUAUUCGCCCAUCCGACGCUCAAAAACUGCAAUUGGCUUGCAAACAUAUGGGAAGCCUAUUUUAGACCUGGAUUCCCCCACGCGCAAGCGCUCCAUUGGUGCAAUUGAUGUCACAGCUCCAAAUUCAUCUUCUCUCCUGGAUGUAUCGAGUCCUAGCAGCGAGACUGACUUGAAACGUCGGCGUCUUAAUAAUGCUCGCAGUGUGUCCCACAGUAGUGCGCUCCCCACUAUGCUCCAUCAUAACUCUGUUGGAACAUUGGAUGUCGAUCGUAUUCCUAGCAUUUUGGCUCCACCAACCUCUUGGCUACCCUUUGCUUCUUCUGAUGACGCCACAGGACUCUGCAUGACUCCUUUGGCUUAUGGACAAUUCGAGUCUCCCAAAACAAAAAGCUCGGAUUUGCUACUUUCCACCGUCAAUGGCGUCACUGGUAACAACACCAUCAGCGGAAACCCUAGCAAAUCUACUAGCACACCAAGCCGCAGUGGACUUGGCCCUGCCAUCACUCUUACUGUUACUGAGGAUAAUGAAACCCACAAGACUGCUGGGACCCCCAAUCUAUUAGCAUCCGGCACCCAUCAUAUUCCUAUUUCUAACUCAUUGGUUCCGCAUGCCCACUUGUACAAUGGAAAGUUGUUUUCUCCAUCUCCUUUCAAGCGUUCUUUUGGUUUCAAUUCACCAAUUUCGCAUGAAUUUGAAGAUAUCUAUCCAUAUUCGCCCAUUCGUUCGUCCCCAUCACGCGCUCGGUUGCUUAAUAGAGAAGAGGAUGACAUUAUCUCAAGAGCAUGCUUUGGCUCACCUGAAAAGCGUGCUGCUAAAAGACGUGACUAUCUGGGAUAUGGCGGGGUUAGUUAUGAGUUUGUAGGAGAAUCUUCUGAACCUGUUUUCGGUGUUGAUAUUUGUCAAGUAGUCAAGCGUGCUGUCGAGGUUAAAGACGCUGCCAAAGCUUCUACCUCAAAAUCUAUGACAUAUUCAACUAACAACCAUUUGGAUACUAACACUUCUCAUGCUGCAGGGAGACGUGCCUCUGCAUCGCCAGCACUUCCUACUCAGCCAGUUGGAAGUAAAUUGUCAAACAUUUCCACCACUUCGACACCUAAGCCUGCCUCAAAACUUUCUUCAAUUUCUAGCACAUCUGAAGGCAAUGUUUCUAUCAAAGAUGUCGCUGCUGGUACUUCUUCUGAUGGAACAGCUGAUGCUUCUGUCGUAUCGUUGAUUGAUGAUGACGACAGCACCGAGGACGAAGAAGAAGAAGAAGAAGAAGGUGGUAACGGUACUGGUGAUGUCAUUGGAAAUGACGGCAGCAAGCAUGCCGCAUACAAGAAUAUGGAAGUCUCUGAGCGCAAAAAGAUGAUUUCUUCUGUUGCGGCCGCACGUCGUCAUGGAUCAUCAUCUGCAGCAUCUUCAUGUGAUGCUGUUGUUGCUGCUGCCGCUGCCCUUGCCAAUGCAGUAUCACGCACAUCGUUGACAGCUCCCUCCUCUGUUCCUGAAGUCUCAGACGAUCCUUUGGUUCAAGAAGAUAGUGCUGUCACUUCAUCUGGAUCUGCAAAUGCACCCACCUUGUCGGCCCCUACCGCAUCUUCUCUUGCAGGAGUACACAUGUCACUCCGUCAGUUCCAAUCUCCAACCACUGCCAAAUUCCAAUCUCCAUACUUUGACGCUGAGAGAUUUUUGCACUAUGAUUCUCCCAUCAAGACCCAAAGUAGCGUUUUUUCCCCGCAGCACCGCCGUGGUAGAAGCGGCAACGGUCGACCGGACUAUUAUUAA